UUUUUCCCCAAAACAGCACCCCCUGAUGGUCAGAGUGAGAUGACUCUGUGUGGAUGGGAGUUCCAGUCGCCCCUGCGACCCGCCAUCACGGCCAGAACCCAUGAGGUGAAGCUGGGAGAAACCGCAUGUGUGGUCCAGCCUCACAAAAGCAACAGCACACACUUGUUGUGUAAGAUCCGUUCUGGGGCAACAGAGCCACUUUUUAAAACCGUGAACAUCACAGCUAAGGUGCAUGAGGGCCGAGUGGAGGGACGAUAUUCCAUUGAAGGAAGUGCAGAGAUGCCUGAAUUCACCUUUGUGGUUCCAAACAUCACUGAGGUCCAGCCUGACUAUGGGCCUGUGAACGGAGGAACCCUCAUCACUAUCACAGGUCCUUAUCUGGACUCUGGGAAGAACAGGAAAGUUACACUUGAUGGAGAAACAUGUCCAAUCCAAAGUGUAUCUGUGGUAAGAGGAAACCUGUCCUCCAUCAUAUGUCUCUCUCAGCCUGUGACGGAGGUGAAAGAUGUGGUGCUCCGUGUCUACAUCGAUAAGUCCCGUGUGGUGACCACUAAAGUCUUCCGCUACAAGAAGACCCCUGAGAUUCUUGCUGUGCUGCCUGAUUGCAGCUUUGACAGUGGGUCAAGAAUCAUCAUUGAAGGCCGAAAUCUGGACUCUGUCUACAGAACUGUCGUCUACUUUAAACCCAAAGAAAGCCACCUUAAACCUGUUUCCACUGAGUGCAGAGGGAAAGCAAUACCCACCCAUAUGGAGUGCAUCACCCCCGUCUUCCAUCGAGAUGAGACAGAAGAGGGCGAGCUCUCGUUUGACAUGGACGGAGUGCUCGGUCUGUGGAAACGAGACUUCUCCUACCACCCCUAUGGCAGACCCAUCCCAUUUGAGACUGAAGGUCACAUACUGAGACUCUACCCCGGGUUUGAUGAAGUGUCCUUGCAUCACCAGAAGUUGAACCUUGUGAGCUCCUGCAUGUCAAUCACGAUGACGGUUGGAGAUGUUGACUGUGGUGCUAAAGUUUUAGAUAAUGAGAUCACAUGCAGGAUCCCUAAUAAUCUCACCAUUCCCAGGGAGGGUUUACCUGUGAAGGUAACAGUUAAUGGAUACACACAUAAUGUUGGCACCGUAAUCUUGGUCAGUAACCACUAUAUGGUGGGUAUUGUGCUUGGCAUACUGGCAGCUCUGGUCACGGGUGCGGUUAUGGCCUUUAUCGUGCUGAAACACCUGAGGAAACAGAAAAAAGCUUCGCUGGCAGAAAAUCGCCUGUCUUACUUUUCCCAUAGUCGUUCACGUAAUAAUAGUGUGGAUUUAU